GCCAACAAUGAAAAGCUGGAUGCGGAGCAUGCCGAAAGUCCUUUCACUCAUGCAGUGCCGUUUCAAGUACCACAAACCGCUCCCAUCACCAAAGAGAGCACUGACAGUUUGACUGGGCCACAGGAAGCGCUGGGGAAGACUAAGUCUCUGAAGAAGCGAGAUUGGCGCCCGUCAUUCUCGUACCUGACGUCUGGGUCGUCCAAAACCAACCCACUCUCCACCAAAGCAACACAGGGCAACCACAACAGCAUCACAUCCACGCAGACCGCCAAAGGGCCUCUCACCAGUACAACCAAGUCAGGCACUUCGUUGCUGAAACGGUCGCAGUCUCAGACUAACCCAACCGCUCGUGGCAUGUCACUGAAGAAACCCGCCAGUCCCACCGCCAAAGCCCUGACCGCUGCGAAAGCCAAAGCCAGUACCACCGGCAGCCUGAAUCUGGACAAACCGCUCCAAACCAUACACGCCAAAUCGGGAAAGGAUGAUAGCAAACCUGCCAGUUUAAACCUCAAAACCCAAAAGGUUCGGCCCGUUUCUGACCCAGAACCAGGUGCACAGACACCACAACCACACGCUGCGAUUGCCGCGUCCAUCUCCACCCUACAACCGACGGUGCACGGAUACUUCCUCAUCGCAAUGCAUCGAGUGUGUGACAUGCCGG